GAUAUAUGAUGUUACUUAUCCUUGGUUCGCCGGCCAAUUGAUGCACAAUUAGUAUCGCACAAGUGCCCGGCAUUCUUCACUUGUUUUGACAAGUGCACACAUUUAGCGAAGGAAACGCACUCGUUAUUGUUUCCCAUCUUCACGCACAAUUUGUCGUCACUAGCCGAUGACUUAAUUCAUUUAGCAGAUCCCAAAUGUGCAGCCGGGGGAUAGAGAAGUGGAUAUAGUCAUGGGAUCGUCCGGAGAGUCCGCUCAGUUGCUCGCCAAUCGCCGCUGCUAACGGAUGGCGGUCUCAUCGUCCACGUCGUCGUUUUCCAACUACUUGAUGGCGGUAUUUGCCCAGGAUAGCAAUAGUAGUGGCAGUGCCAGCGGAAGUGGAGCAGCCGCCGACUCGGAGGACUCCCAGAUUGGCCAGGAGGCCAAUCCAGGUGGGCAGGAGAAUCAGGGAAAUCACAGGAGGCGACCGCCGCGCCAGAAGAUCAAUGCGAGGGAGCGCUACCGGACUUUUAAUGUUAAUUCCGCCUACGAGGCAUUAAGAAGUUUAAUACCCACGGAGCCCAUGAAUCGCAAGCUUUCAAAGAUCGAGAUCAUCCGCCUGGCCAGCAGCUAUAUAACGCAUCUAAGUAGCACCCUAGAAACAGGCACUGAAUGCCAGCCAUGUUUGCUGCACAAGUACGAGAGCGAAGGAAUAACUCGACGUAUCAGUAUCUGCACCUUCUGCCUGAAAACCAAGUGAAAUUUAUUAUUAACUGGAUAUUUCUAAGAAUAUUUUUAUAUUUCGUCGUAUCUGUUGCAUUUAGGAAAUCAAAGUGGGCGCCCAUUUGAAGCGCCACCUAUGGUAAAUUUCUGAAACGAACUUGCCGCGAACGUGAACUGCUUGCCAACAUACAACUGCUUUACUAAUACUGUUGUUUUUCUUCAACAUUUCGAUCUCUUGU